CGACAAAGUGGCAAUAUAAUUUUUUUCUUCGGUCUUCCGUUCGGAGCGGGCCAAAGGGAGAUGUCGGUGGUGUAGAGAGGAAAAAUUCCUCCGUUACCACAAUUCCAAUCCCCCCCUUUGAAUUGCCCCCCCCCCACAAGCAAAGCAGCAAGGAAGCAAAGAGGAGAAAGAAAAAGUCCGUCGGAAACGUACUUGUAAUAUUAUACGUGGAGAGAAAACAUGCGCAGUUUAAAUAUCUGUCGUCGGCCCCUUCUUCGUUCGAGGGUUCAUCUUCAUACGACUGCAAACACUACCUGUACGCUUACGACACUUGGAGGCACUCGUUCUGAGUCUACUAUAAAAUCACUGCAAUCACCCCUUCCCAUUCCAUCCUCCCCUUUCCGUUCCACCACUCCAACAUCCUCACUUCACUCUUCUACACCUAAGACUUUUACCAAGAGCUUCCAUCAAACAUCUUUCAACAUGGUUCAUAUCAUCAAGGACUCCGAGGAUUAUAAGAACGCUAUCAAGAACAAAUUCGCCAUCAUCGACUGCCAUGCAACCUGGUGUGGUCCCUGCAAAAUGAUUGCUCCACACUUUGAGAGGCUCUCUCGUGAGGUCAAGGGUGUUGAAUUCUUCAAGAUGGACGUCGACGAGGUUCCUGACGUUGUUGCUGAACUGGGUGUCCGUGCCAUGCCCACUUUCCUUUUCUUCGAAAACGGGGUUAAGGUUAAUGAGUUUGUCGGUGCUAACUGGAGAGGUCUUGAGGCUCAUGUCUUGGCCUACCGUGAGAAGCCCAAGGCCGAAGAAGGGGCCGCCUCCUCUCCCUCCACUUCCCAGUGAUUUUACACUUGAAUCGACUUUCCUUUUGUUUGGGAGUUCCUUCUUUUCAUGGGCGCAGCUUCUCCUUCUUAUUACUCUGCUGGUUCACGGGCAUGACGAUUUUGACAUGGUUCGGUGUUUUUUUCUUUCAUAGGUCUUUCGUCGUGAAAAUGGUUUAUUGAUAUCGUUUGUCCGACCUCCUUUUGUAGUGGUUUCAACUUGAGUUAUAAUAAAACAGAGCCCCAAGUUGAAUUUUAAAAGCAAA